AUGGCCUCCGAUGGAGUUCAAUGGAAUGUCUGUAAUCAUUACGAGGAUUUUUCAAUUGUUGAAAAUACAAAAUAUAUUUCACAUCAAAGUUUGAAUGAUCAACAAUUUCGUCGAUAUUUUACCAUGAUUGAUGCUGUCAAUUACAUGAAUUCUCUCAAAAACGAAACUUAUCGAACCAAAGCCGAAUGUACUCAAAUCAAUGUUCCACUCGAUCACUCCGCACCUCAGUCCGAAAUGAUUAAAUUAUUUGUCAAGCGAAUGAGAGCCGAUUCCACAAAGAAUGCUCCUCGUGCAUUAUGGCUAUUAGCUGGAGGCCCAGGAGAGGCCAGCAAUGUUUUUGAUUUGGAUAUGGACUUGUUAGUAAAAUUGUUAGGUGGUCAAUUCGAUGUUUACACAACAGAUCAUCGAGGAGUUGGUCGAAGCAGUCGUGUCACAUGUGUCACAACACAAGCAGAAACUCCAGGAAGUGAUGAAGGAGUUGUUAUUAGUGAAAAGGAAUGGACAAAGAAUGGAUGUGCUCAAGCUUUUGCAAAUGAAUGGCCUGGAAAAACUCAUCUCUUUUCUUCAAAGCAAGCUGGAAUUGAUAUGGUCAAACUCAUUCAAUCCAUCAAUGCUCCUCAAAAUCAACAAGUAUUCGUAUUGGGUCAAUCGUAUGGUACUGUUUGGGUUUCCAGAAUGAUUCGUUAUUUAGAAUUGACUGGUAAUGAGGGUUUAAUUUCCGGGUACAUCAUGGACGGAGUUGUCAAUGUCAUUGGAAAGCCAGCUCCAAUGGGAAUGAACGAAAAAGUGAAAACAGGAAGUCUUACCCUCAAUUUAUUUGAUGAAGAUUUCACAGCAGUUGGAAAUGCUUUCAUGCAACUUUGUGGUGGAAAUUUCUCUGGAAUUGCAACUUCUCAAUUUGUGGAAGAAGGUCGUGACACUUCCAUUCUUCACAACAAACAAGUUUACUUAAAUUUCAAGAAUGAAUGUAAAGAUAAGUUUGAAAAAGUUUUCAAUUCAAAGAAUGAUGGAAAUUUAAUCUCCUAUAUGCACCAAAUAUUGAGAAGUGUCUAUGUGAACGAUACUUGUCGACCAGUUUCAGAAGGAAUUUCACUUUUAGAAUGGAAAGGAAUUUUUGAUCAUUUAAUUUCAGAUCAAUAUGGUCGAAUGCUCAUUCCUGCAAUUUUUUAUCGAAUGGAUCGAUGCGAUGAAUAUGUAGAUAUUCCAUUUUUACUUCAUAUCAAGAAGAUUUUCAUGACAACCACCACUACGACUACUACGACUACGACUCAGACAACACAAAAGGUACCUCUCAUGUCACUUGUUCUUAGAUACAAUAUUGCAUUUUCUGAAAUGUGGGAUCCAAAUGUGAAAUUGGAACAAUUAAUGAACGAGUUCAAUAGCUCAGAAAUUUUAAUGGGUGGAAUUGGAGUUUCUCUUGCAUCCAGAUUGGAUGUUACUCAAUGGCCCACCUACACACUUGAUGCUGAUUAUUUUCAACAAAAAUUCACCACCAACACUCCUCUUUUAAUCUUAAAUGGUAAUUUAGAUCCAAAUACUCCAUUAUGGUCAGCAUUGGCACUUAAUGCAUCGAUUGGUGGAAAUUCACAUGAUCUUGUGAUUAUUCCAUUCUCUGUUCAUGGCACUUUGGAAUCGAGUCCAACUGUUGGAGAGUCAUUUAUUCCUGUUGGAAUGCAAUUAUUGGUCAAUUUCAUCACUAUGGAACAUCCAAAUGUGUUUCUCAUGAAUCGAACUUGUUUGGAUGAAAUUAAUUUCAAUUUCACAGGAUCCUAUUUUUACAAUCAACGAGUAUUUGGAGUUUAUAAUCUAUAUGAAGAUUCUUACAUUUCAGAUUCAGAAGUGCCCUAUGUGAGUUUAUAUCUCACAGUUGGAAUAUUUAUUGCGGUUUUAGCGAUUGCUGUCGGCAUUGUAAAUUUCUUAAUUUAUUAUAUUGUCAAGUUGAGAGAUGAACAAAAGUUGAGAAAUGAAGAAAAUGUUCCAAUCCUAACAGCAGUAGAUUCCUCUUCUGCAUCGUUGGAUGUCCGAAGAGGUUAUCAACAAUAA